GCCAUGGAAAUAUUACCAAGCUUAGCCAUGGUUGCAGUGGAGUGUUCACACGUUGUCAUAAGCAUUCUGUUCAAAGCUGCUUCUUUGAAGGGGCUGAGCUAUUACAUCUUCAUUGCCUACUGUUAUGUUUUAGGCACUUUGAUUUUCACCCUUUUGUUUCCUCCUUUGAAGUUCCCUCUCAUCUCUAGACUUUGCCUUCUUGGGAUUACAGGGUAUUUAGGUAUGAUCUGCGCGUAUAAAGGUAUAGAAGUGGGAUCUCCAACACUUGCAAUAGCCAUUAGCAACCUCACACCAGCUUUUACUUUCAUACUUGCUGUCUCCUUCAGGAUGGAAAAGGUGGAAUUCAGAAGAGCAGCAACUCAAGCUAAAAUCAUUGGCACCAUAACAUCAAUAUUUGGUGCAUUAAUCAUCACUUUUUACAAAGGCCCCAAAGUUUUUUCAUCUUCACCUUGGAUAUCAUCAUCAUCUGUUGUACAACUCCAAAGUCCUUUGCAGUCUUCUCAAUCAAAUUGGAUUGUUGGUGGCAUCCUUGAAGCUAUUGCAUAUCUUCUUUAUUCAUUCUGGUAUGUUAUCCAGGCGCAGGUAAUGAAGAUAUAUCCAGAAGAGAUUGUUGUAACUUUAUUUUACAACUUGUCUGUGGCCCUUUUAGCUAUACCAGUUUGCUUGAUAGCACCACAGCUGAGUUCUUGGGGAUUAACACAUAGUAUAUCAGUUGUUGCAGUCCUAUAUUCAGGGGCUUUUGGGUUCUCAUUUAACUCAUGUGUUCACACAUGGGGUGUACGCUUGAAGGGGCCUGUGUUUGUUGCAAUUUUCAGGCCGACCUCAAUUGUCAUAGCUGCUGUUAUGAGUGGCAUAUUCCUUGGUGAAGCGGUUUAUCUCGGAAGCGUGAUAGGGGCAGUGAUCAUAACCAGUGGUCUUUAUGCUGUAUUAUGGGGAAAAGCAAAAGAAGCAAAAGAAAUGGGAGAUGAAGAGCCCUGUGGCUCAAGCGGGUUAGGACCCUCGUCCGGUGGUAGGGUCCCUUUGCUCCAAAGCUAUAAAUGUUGAAGA